AUUACAAAAUUAAUAAUUAUAAUCAUUUGCUUAAUUAUAAGAUUUGUAUUUAUACAAAUAAAACAUCCUUUAUCAAUAGGAUUAAUAUUAUUAAUUCAAACAUUAUUAACUUGUUUAAUUACUGGAAUUUAUGUAAAAACAUUUUGAUUUUCAUAUACAUUAUUUUUAAUUUUUUUAGGAGGAAUAUUAAUUUUAUUUAUUUAUGUAACAUCUUUAUCAUCAAAUGAAAUAUUUUCUAUAUCAUUUAAAUUAGUAAUAUUUAGAAUUAUAAUAUUAUUUUUUAUAAGAAUAAUAUUUUUUUUAAUUGAUAAAUCAUUAAUUGAACAAUUUAUAAUAAAUAUAGAAAUAGAAAAUUUUUCAAUAAUAAAUAACUUAAUUAAUGAAAAUAUUUUAAUAUUAAAUAAAAUAUAUAAUUUCCCAACUAAUCUAAUUACUUUACUUUUAAUUAAUUACUUAUUUCUAACUUUAUUAGUAACAGUAAAAAUUACAAAAAAAUUUUAUGGACCUUUACGUCCACUAAAUUAA